ACAGCGAGGGGCGGAGCGGGGCGCUCGGCCGAUGUCAGCGAUUCUCGCGCGGGUUUCCGGGCCGGCGGGCGCGCUGCGGGAACGGAUGGCGUCCUGCGGGGCCGACCCUCCGACCAUGCCCGCAGGUGUGUCCUGGCCCAGCUACCUGAAAAUGUUGGCGGCCAGCCUCCUGGCCAUGUGCGCCGGUGCCCAAGUGGUGCACAGGUACUACAGGCCCGACCUGACAAUACCUGAAAUUCCACCAAAGCCUGGAGAACUCAAAACAGAGCUUUUGGGACUGAAAGAGAGACAACACAAACCUCAGGUUGCAGAGCAGUAAAAACUUCAGAACUCAACGAUGCCAAGAAUUCUGUAAAUGAGAAGUCUUAAAUAUGUAUUAAACAUAACAUUGUGUUAAACUCCUUGUGGCUAAGCACCUAAUGCUGUGCUAAUAGCAGAAUUGGUGCUUUGUCUAUAUUCACUGAUAAGGUGGACUUGUCAUUAUGGUUUGACCAAAAUGCCAAACUACCUAUUCUCAGUCUCUUGCAUGUGGACUGGAAGAUAGUUGUCUUAUAUAUCAUGUAAGAGUGAGCAUUUGCCAUAUUUCCUGCCAUGUUAGUUCUGGCUUUUCUCUGAAUUAGCUUGAGUAUAAUGGCUGAUGAGAAUUAUAAACUUAAACAUAGUAAAAUUGAUAUUGACAAUGAAUGUAUAUGAGACCCAAGUUAUUAUUUCUGUAAAUAAUAAAAGUACUUGUAUUAAACUA